GUACUGAGCUCUCAGCUCUCAACAACUUCACACUUCACAGAAAGCUCUCACUUAAGAGGCAUUGCACCCCCUUCGUAUCUGUGCUGUGGGAUGCUCUUUUUGGAGGGUCAAUUUUCCUGGGCAUUGGCACAUGUUGAGAUUAAAUGCCUGGGAUUCAGGAAUAUGUUGCUUAUGGAUCUAAAUCCUUCCAUCCCCGUCUUUGCACACAUAGAAGAAGGCAGGCAGACUCCGGAGCUUUGAUGCUUGCUGAAACUGGAAGUGUUAUUAUUACUCUUUGGAAAUAGGUGUUUCCUUCAUCCAAUGUGCCUUCUGUGCUUGAUUGCUUUGGAACACCAGCUGUAACACUACACACAAAACAGGCGAAGGUGCACAGACACUUAGUGAAGAAAGAGGGUCAGCUUUAUUCCAAAACAACUGACGAUCAACAACAUUUGGUUCGGAGAGAAGGAUCUUGCACUGCACGAAUCUAGAGCUGGGGAGGGAAUCUGCCUUAUUUUCGCAACUAUGGAAUUUUUUGCAAACAUUCUAAGCGAAUCGCCAUCCCUCGGUUUCUAGAAGUGAGGAACGGAUCUAGAGAAGAUUGAGAUCUGGAGAGUCUGGACUCCAGAACUCGGUGCUCGGUCAUUUGUGUCGUUCACCUGGAGAGUCCCUUGCAGUCAUGUCUUCUAAGCUCCUUGUGGUUUUCUUCUUAUUAUCGAUAUUUCAAGCCUGUUCCAUAAAAAUUGAUGAUGAAGAAUAUGAAGAUUUAACAAUUAACCAAAAAUGGGUAUUAGCCCCUAAGAUGCAAGAUACCGAUGCUACCCUAAUACUCUACAAAUUACUGAAAGAGUAUGACAAGAAGCUGAGACCAGAUAUUGGAGUAAAACCUACAGUCAUUGAUGUGGACAUUUUUGUCAACAGCAUUGGACCCGUGUCUUCGAUAAAUAUGGAAUACCAAAUAGACAUAUUUUUUGCUCAGACAUGGACUGACAGUCGCCUCAGGUUCAAUAGUACUAUGAAGCUUUUAACUCUUAAUAGCAAUAUGGUUGGAUUAAUCUGGAUCCCUGAUACCAUCUUCCGGAAUUCAAAAACAGCUGAAGCACAUUGGAUUACAACUCCCAAUCAACUUCUUAGAAUAUGGAACGAUGGAAAAAUUUUGUAUACAUUAAGACUUACCAUAAAUGCAGAAUGCCAGUUACAACUCCAUAACUUUCCCAUGGAUGAACACUCAUGCCCGCUAAUAUUCUCCAGCUAUGGUUACCCACAGGAAGAAAUUAUAUACAGGUGGAGAAAAAACUCAGUGGAAGCAACAAAUCAAAAAUCAUGGAGACUUUACCAGUUUGACUUCAUGGGUCUGAGGAACACCUCUGAAACUUUGUCAACUACAGCAGGUGAUUAUAUUGUCAUGACUGUGUACUUUGAUUUAAGCAGAAGAAUGGGAUACUUCACUAUUCAAACUUACAUCCCUUGCAUAUUGACAGUUGUAUUGUCCUGGGUAUCAUUUUGGAUCAAAAAAGAUGCUACACCAGCAAGAACAGCAUUGGGUAUCACCACUGUUUUGACAAUGACAACACUGAGUACAAUAGCAAGAAAAUCCUUACCGCGAGUUUCAUAUGUCACCGCAAUGGAUCUAUUUGUGACUGUCUGUUUUUUAUUCGUAUUUGCGGCAUUGAUGGAAUAUGCAGCUCUUAAUUACUAUUCAAGUUGUAAAAAGCCAAGAUGCACAAAGAAGAAAAAAUCGAAUUAUUCAGUUCUGGAUAUAAGACCCCCUCAAACUGUCAUCACUUUGAACAAUACAAUGUAUUGGCAGGAGUUUGAGGAGGCAUGUGUAUAUGAGUGCCUGGAUGGCAAAGACUGUCAAAGCUUCUUUUGUUGCUACGAUGAAUGUAAAUCUGGCUCAUGGAGGAGAGGGCGGAUUCAUAUAGACCUUCUAGAAUUGGACUCAUAUUCCAGGGUCUUUUUCCCAACUUCAUUCCUGUUAUUUAACCUUGUUUACUGGGUUGGAUAUCUCUACCUUUAAAGACUCCCUUGUAUAGAGGGACAUAUUUUCAACUAGGUGAACAUGUAAAACCAGAAGAUACACAAGACUGUUCCUGGUCAAACUGACCAUGGAUGACUUUUGAUUAUUUUCAGGAGAAUUCAAGAGGAAGAAAAACAAGACAAAAGUGACUCUAUUUAAAGAGAACUGUGAACUAUUAUUAAUAAUGCCUAAAAUACUUUUUACAACAAACAAUGCUUAUAAAUUCUUAUA